UAAGAAAAAAAAAAAAAGAAAAACUUUCAAGUUCCACACGCUUCCACAGCCACAGGCCACAGCGUCAUGUUCGAAGUUCUCCACACGACUUUUGUGACUCUUUGAUUUCCAUAUUCCAAUAUUUUCAAGUGCCAAAUUGAAGGUAGAAAGAAAAAAAAUGAUCAAAGCUCUUGUUUUUCUGCUCCAGUUGACCUUCAUCUUAAUCUUCUCAGAAGCCAAAUCUUCCGGCCUACAGCCCCAAGCUGCCAAAUCCUUCAACGUCAGCUAUCUCCAGAGUUCGACAAGCUGUUCUUACACGGUUGUUGUAACAACAAGCUGUUCCUCAACGAGAUACACGCGAGACCAGAUCAGUAUUGCUUUUGGCGACGCUUACGGCAAUCAGAUUUAUGCACCGAGGCUGGACGAUCCAUCUACGAGGGCCUUCGAACGAUGUUCAUCAGAUACAUUUCAGAUAUAUGGACCAUGUGCCUACCAGAUCUGUUAUGUAUAUCUUUAUCGGACUGGACCAGAUGGUUGGAAACCUGAAACUGUGAAAAUCUAUGGCUAUAAUACUAGAGCUGUUACCUUUACCUACAACACCUUUAUCCCCAGUGAUCUUUGGUAUGGAUUCAAUUUGUGCCAGAACGCAUCUUCUUCACAUCAACAUUCUAGCUGGAAAUGGUUCGUGUAUGUGAUGCUAGGGCUUAUUCUUAGUGCUCUAAUGUGAUCUUGUAUUUACCUUAUGCUCUUAAAUUUACUCUUGCUUCUUUCCUGGUAAAGUGUGUAAUGUUUACUCAUUACCACUGACAGCGAAGAGAAAUACUAGAAUACUUGCUACAUGAGAUAUUUACAGAUAUUGGUAUUUUUCCUA